UUGUUGAUUGAUUGUUGACAUGCAGUAAAGUGCAUCGUAUCUUUGAAAUUAAAUUAAGGACUAAAACAUUAAAGUGAAUUAUUAAUGAUAUACAAAUUGUGAAAAAUGGCAGGUGAAGUUAUAGUGGAUGCAUUACCGUAUAUUGACCAGGGAUACGAUGAUCCAGGAGUUCGAGAAGCGGCACUUUCUAUGGUAGAAGAAGAAUGCCGUCGCUACAGGCCAACUAAAAACUAUCUUGAAAACGCUGGACCAGAACCUAGCACGGCAUUUGAAACUGCAGCUCUACAGAGAGAGAUGGAAAGAGUACAACAGCGGUUGCCAAUGGAACCCUUAUCUAUGAAAAGGUACGAGUUGCCUCCACCACCCGCUGGCCGUCUCGGUGAGCCGGCAGCUUGGGCAGAGUCCGUAGACAACUCGCAUGCACAGCUCUCACACCAGGCCACUCGAGUGUUGAAUCUUGAACUGCAGCUGCACUAUGGGGCAGAGUCCUGGCGCUCUUAUCUCAAUACUCUCCAAGCACUUGUCACUAGUGCGCAAAAUGUGCAUACUAAUUUAAGAAAGCAGAUAGCUGCGGUGAACUGGGAGCGCAAACGGUCGCAGACGGCGAGCGGCACGCGGCUGCGCGCACUCCGCCGACGCUGGGCGCAGCUCGUGUCGGACAACUACCGCCUCGAGCGCGCGCUGCUGCAGCUAGAUAUACAGCUUCAGAAGGCCCAAGGACAGGCGACGGCUGAUGACGGUGAACCUGCUGAUCUGGACGCGGUUAAAAUGUUGCCUGACAAGCUCAAUUCAGAGUCUGAAAAAGAAGUACAAAAGAAGAUUGAAGACAUGUUUGCAGAUUAGAAUAAGAUACUGUCUAAUAUUAAAUAAAUGAGUAAUUAUA